CCAUUUUAACACAUAAGGGUAUCCAUGUGUUUCUGAGUUAUGACUGAAGCUUUUUGUAAUGUACAUCUUGCUUGUCAUUUAAUAUGUAGUGAUAUUACAUCCCUACACUGUAAUAUCUGAUUGCAAUAGAAUUCGAGUUAAAGAUUGAGUUUAUGGCCACAAUUUAAGGUUUGACAUGGGUCAUAUAUAUAUAUAUAUAUAUAUAUAUAUAUGUAAGAAACUUUUCUCUCAUCCCAAUCAACCAACAAACGGAAACUGUCUACUUUUUGCCUAAAUAUACGCGCGAAUCGUCUACUUUUCGCCUUAACAUACUUUUGCAUAAUCCCAAAGGUCUCCCAUGUCAGCCUUUAUUCUCACAACACACCACACUGAAACUGCAAUCCGCGUUAAAAUGGCUUGUUUAAAUGAAUUAAUUGGAAAGAAAAAGCGUAUUAUUACACAGCAUUAUUGUCAUAUGGCAGAAGCUUGAGCGUCAGUUAUGCAUUUUCAUUGUAAUUGCCAAUUCAUUGUUAUUUGAGAUCUUCAAAAGAAGAAAUAGGUGAUUAUUAAUAUGGCAUGUGUACUUAAUUGCAAGUUCAUUGAAAAUCAAACAAACUUUCCCAACACUUGAAUAAAGGUUUCCAUGAAAACGGUUUUACUUGACUAAGUGCAUUCACUAUAGAGGAAAGCUUUAGCGAUGGAUAACUACCAGUCAUUGUUACCCAUUUUUGCAGCAGUUCUUGCGGUAUGGAGUAUUUUACUUGGAAUGUCUUUUCAUCAAAUCGAUGAAGGUCAUGUUGGUGUCUAUUACCGUGGUGGUGCUCUACUAUCUCAGACCAACGGACCCGGUUAUCAUCUGAUGAUUCCCAUCAUAACAACAUACAAACCUGUUCAGAUUACUUUACAAACUGAUGAAGUAAAGGAUGUUCCUUGUGGUACAAGUGGUGGUGUUGUCAUUUAUUUUGAUCGUGUUGAAGUAGUCAAUUAUUUGGCGGCUGAAAGUGUUCAUGAUAUUGUCAAGAAUUAUACAGCUGAUUAUGAUAAAACACUAAUAUACAAUAAAAUUCAUCAUGAACUAAACCAAUUUUGUAGUAUACAUACUCUACAAGAAGUGUACAUUGAAUUAUUCGAUCAAAUAGAUGAAUUCUUAAAGCGAACAUUGCAAGCAGAUCUAAUUUUAAUGGCUCCUGGUUUAUAUAUUCAAGCAGUACGAGUUACGAAGCCUAAAAUUCCUGAAGCCAUUAGACGCAAUUAUGAAGCUAUGGAAGCUGAAAAAACAAAACUGCUAAUUGCUGAACAACAUCAAAAGUUAAUUGAACGAGAAGCUGAAACUGAGCGUCGUCGUGCAAUAAUUGAGGCUGAAAAGCUAGCUGAGGUUUCUGCAAUAGAAUGGCGAGCUAAAUUAGUUGCUCAAGAGCAUGAACGAAAAAUCAGUGAAGUUGCAGAUGCCACACAACUUGCCCGAUCUAAAGCGCUUACAGACGCAGAAUAUUAUCGUGCCAUGAAAGAGGCUGAAGCGAGCCAUUUAAAGUUAACCCCAGCGUAUUUGGAAUUAGCUAAAUACCAAGCUUUGGCACAAAACUCUAAAGUUUACUUUACCGGUGAUCAAGGAAACCUUAUUAUGGAUCUUUUGAACCAAAUGUCUUCAAGUUUGUCUAAAUCAAAUGUGUCAACCAAAGACCAGGUCACAUCUUCAUUUGUGUAGCAUUUCAUUUUUUAGUAAUUAUACUACCUAAAAAUUUUAUAUUUCAUUCGAAGUUGUCUAUUUAUGUACAUUUUUGUAAUAUUGUACAAUAAACCAGAAACUUUUUACUUGUCA